UGUGCGCUCACGAUAUUGUCCAACUAGUACGACGAAUCAUUAGCAACUAAGGACUCUUCUACAAGGAUAGCAGAUGAAAAACAUGUAGCCGAUCGUCUAUGACCAGACGGAUUGUUUUAUGCGAAAUGAAGCAAGUUCCACAGACGACGGUAGUAUCGGCUGCAACACUAGACAGCCCAGCGUCAGCAACGAUUGUUCGAGAACCGAGACUCGUAUUCCUAAAUUUGCUACAGAUAUGCGACAGCGCUUUGCCUAUCAGCGGUUUCACCCACAGCGGCGGUAUCGAGGCCGCCUGGCGUCGUGGCGCGAUUCCGACCAUCGAUCACCUGCAACGAUUCCUCAAGAUCUGCAUAAUAGCAACUUGUUCACAACAAGUGCCAUACGUCGCUGCUGCAUAUGCUGCGCUGACCUCGCCACAAGCCGAACCUGAUUCAACAGCUCCGGCCUUCAACCUUCAGGCGAACUCAACUGACGUUGAUGGCGACAUACCUGAGUGCAUCCGCCGGUUGACAAAGCUGGACCGACUGUUGUCCGUCAGCCUAAGCAACCAUGUAGCCCGACGCGCCUCCCUUCAACAAGGCCGAACACUUCUAUCGCUUGCAAUUGAGGUGUUUCCCAGUACGGCUCCGUUACACCGUCUAGAAAUGCUACGUGUUAACAGCGCCGUGCGGCUGAGUGAUCAUGAUUCUGAUGAGAAAGCAGCUAGUUUUACCCCGCCCAGUGGUGUGAACUUCGUGGAAGGUCCUAACCAGAGGCGGCUGGCGCGAUUCGAAGGACAUUUAGCCGUUGUGUUUGGAGCUGUAUGUGCGCUUCUGGGUGCACAACUAUCAGAGACACUGGACGCGUUUGCGUUUUCCACGUUGCGAAAUUCGCUAUCGGCCGCUAUCCGCCUAGGCAGAAUUGGCCCGGUGCAAGCGCAAACACUGCAGCAUAGCCUCAGUGAUUUUUGCGUGCGAGCUGUCGAACGUUACUCUCAACAACGAUGUGGAGAAGAAGACCAUCAGGCCUCGCCAACAGUAGACCUGUACCAGAAUUCGCAAGAUCGACUGUUCACAAAAAUGUUCUAUUCAUGAUUUCCAGUUUGAGUCAGAUGAGCGCCUCUAAAUGAUUAGACGUCAUCAGCCAUUUAAUGCUGUCAAGUUGUUAAAAGUUGUCCUUUAUCAAAAUAGUACUAUAUUUGACAAUGGGGUAACGGAAAUGGUCAGCGUCGUACAGGGAAUACGAUUUGCCCAAACAGGCAAUCGAAACCAUUUGCUAUUCUCACUCCUCAUCGAUAACCUAUCCUUACACAUCAAGCAGCAAUUUCGCUUCAUAAAGAAGACAAUUCCAUUAUGCUGCACCUGCAACAGACACCGGUUAUUCUGCACAACUAUGAUAAACGACUUCGCUUUUGCCUUUAGACGAAGAGCGGCGCCGUGAAGUUCAGAAGAGGAGACUGAAAAAGCCUAGAAAUAGUCAACUCUAUAAAAUAUUUUCGUUUUAACAACAGCUGGCAGAUCUUUUAUAGCGAACAUCGAGGGAACAAAGUGGUAACGACAGUCACUUUCGGGGAACCGUAAAAGCUGCGGGUGGAUUCUGCGAUCGAGUGACGUUAUAUGACGAUCACACCAAGUGCCACUUAGAUUAUCAAAACGGCCUUGCGUAUCUGUCAGCUCUAACACCUCAUUAAACGUUGAAGAUCUGCAAUCUGCAAAACCUUCAAUAUCUGCGCGAAACAACAGCAUAUCGUAUCUUCAUGAUCAAACACAGGAUGCUGGUUAUGACGUCGGCAAUAAUGGAUAAUGGUUAGAAGCGUACUAACAAAAAUAAUCGUAUGUAGAUAACUUACUAUGUCUUGAUAACAAUCAUAAGUAUGAUCGGAUAAGAUAGCUAGAUACAUUCUGUUACAUUCAAGAUAAUAAAUCUAGAAGUAUUGAAAGAAAUAAAAAAUUGGAUACAAAUUCAUUAAAUAAAUCGAAAAAGGCCACGAAGCUCGUUCGGUUCUCAACGCUAGGCUUUGACGAAUUACAUAAUUAAUUAGCGGAGCUCGUACUCUAAACAUCUAACUCAUUGCCUUUAUGGUCGAUGUUCAAAUAUAACGGUCGCUCGGAAAUUAACUUAUUUCUGUUUGUCCGUAGCGUGGUUAAAGUAAUACAUGUAUUUCAAUGCACCUUCAAUGUGAAUAGGACAGUGCUAAUCCUUAAAUAUAAAAAGCCAUGACGUC